AUGAUAGACAUGCUACCUGUGGUAGUUGCUAUUCCGGGUAGGAGAAGGACUCAGUUGGCGAUAGAUGCCGUGUUCGUCACACAGAAGAUGCCAGCACCUGACGAUUCCAAAGGCAUGAACGGCCCGCACCCGCACAAAAAUCUAUUCUUAGCACGGGGUUAUACAGAAGGGUGGGUUGGUUAUAUACUCUUAUGCGCGUUCCUUUUUCGAACCUUUUGGUAUGUAUUGCCCCCUAACUAUGGAUCAGAUCCACCAGACGAUAAACUAAAUUCCGCACUGCUGCUGAGUCGUCGGACUUAUCCACCAAUGGAUUCGUGGAAUUUCUCGCCCCCUUUUGGGUAUGCAGGUACUAAGAGCCCUCUCACUACCAACCAGCAGACAUCAUCUGGCUGGGUCUUGCCGGGGAGAUCGGAGCAACAGGGAGCGCCUAGACGACGUUUUUCUUCCUGGGCUGCAGUAAGUAGAUCGAGAGGUCGUUCCGCCCCUUGUCCCCGAAUAUGGGUAAUAUGUUCUCAUACAAUGUUGCUCCAAUCUGACCUAGCUGGCAAGCGAUCCCAGUUCGCGACAGAGAACAAGACAGCAAGCGAGCGUACCUUUGUUCGCGUCUUCUCCACCAAGCACGGAAGUUUAAGGAUAACUGUAGGUCGGUGGCUACCUAAGGAAACUCCGAUUCGAUCCGCCCCCCGGCUGGGAGGCAUCUACCUCAUCCCGAUCACAAGGAGAGGUUCACUAUGAUGGGGGGUACUUUUUUACCUUCCGGAAAGAAUGAAAUGCAUAGGGGACCAUCCUUUUGUUGCGGCAUGCUCCUCAGAUUUACGGAUUCGCAGGGGGCGCCUCGGGCCCUACUUAGUUGACUGACAAUGACAAAGGCUUGCGAAACUAAGUAGGGCCUUUUGAAUUGAAUCUUAAGUAGUCUAUCAGUGGUGCAAAGCGGCUUUGCCCCUUUUCAGUAGAGGAGCAAAAGGUUAGACCUUCGAAAGCCAGCGAACAGCGGUUCUUCUAUGUAGGUAUGGCGUUCCCCCUUGACUCUCCUAACGUCGAGCUAAGUGACUUCGUAACCUUUUCGUAGCGUAGUAGAAUGAAGGCUCCGCACCGACGCUCUCUUUUCUAUUAGCCUAAGCGUCUUCGCUAACUCGCUCGCCUACUUACUAUACAAUACAUUAAGUAGGGUAGGCUAACUCAGCCGCUUACUUAUACUAAUGUAGGGCUAAGUAGCGCCUUUUCCUUUUUGAAUAACCCGUUCUCAUUAUCUUUCAUAAGUAAAGUAGGCGAACCUAUAGGUCCUUAGUAGCGUUGACAAAGAAGAACAGCCGGUUAAAAGACAGCGAAUCUUUGUAUUUAUAUAUUUAGAUUCUAUUAUUAUUAUUAUAUAGGCCAGCUUGACAAGCUAGCCUUCCUCUUGAUCUGAGGUGCGAAGAGAAAGAUCUCUUUUUUAUGACUUCCACUUAUCGAUCCCGGCCCAGAAAAGUGACCGACCAGAGCCCUAUUGAUGAAUGAAAGAAAGGGUUUAUGAGCCCUAGCCCUGUAAGCCCACACCUGUGUAGAGUAGAUCGUUCAACACCUGCGGCACAAACCCAUUUUUUACCUAUUGGUCCUAGUAUCAUAGGCGACCGAACGGCCGCCCCCUAAUUACUAGACCGACCUGCUAUAAUAAUUCCAUAAACACCUAGCGAAGAUAUGGCAAACAAAUAAAGUAGCCCUAUGUUCGGAUCUGACAAUACCAUACCAUAAUCAAAAGGUACAACGGCCCGAGCGACCAGACUUAACAUAAAUGUAGCCACUGGAGCCAUUCUAAAAAGGGAGAAAUUAGCACUACUUGGUGAAAUAGGUUCUUUUAGAAUCAAUUUCAAACCAUCUGCUAGAGGUUGUAACAAUCCAAAUGAUCCCACUACAUCAGGACCCUUUCGACGUUGCACAAAAGCCAUUACUUUACGUUCAGCUAGCACUAAAAAGGCGACUCCUAGUAGAAGUGGUAGAAUUAUUCCAAGUAUUUCAGCUGGAACAGCUAUGUACAUUUUAUAUUUUCUAUUCACUCAUGAUCUGGCCUGGUCGACCCAAUCAUGAUAUUGAAGGAUGGGA